CAUCAUCGCCCCCUCAAUCCUGAGCGCCGACUUUGGCGCUCUCGGGAAGGCAUGCUCCGACACAAUCUCACAAGGAGCAGACUGGCUACACGUGGACAUCAUGGAUGGGCACUUCGUCCCCAACAUGACCUUCGGCGCUCCCGUCGUAACGAAGAUACGCUCACAUGUCGAUCGUCCCGCGCAAGCCUUUGGGAAAGGCACAUUCGAUUGCCACAUGAUGAUCAGUGAGCCGAAGAAAUGGGUAAAGGAGUUCCAGAAGGCGGGGUGCGAUUUGUAUUGCUUUCAUUAUGAAGCUGCUGUGGAUUCGACGGCUGCGGAGUCGCCUGAAGCGCAGAGCGAGACGAAGACUAGUCCGAAGGAAAUGAUCAAGUAUAUUCAUGAUCAGGGUAUGAGGGCUGGUAUCGCGAUCAAGCCGAAGACGGACGUCAGCGUACUUUACGACAUUCUCGAUAACAGCAAUAAGGAAGAGGUUCCGGAUAUGGCCCUCGUCAUGACCGUCGAGCCCGGUUUCGGUGGGCAGAAGUUCAUGCCGGAUAUGAUGCCCAAAGUGGAAGCGUUACGCAAGCGGUAUCCCGAGCUCAACAUCGAAGUCGACGGCGGGCUGUCAGAGAAGACAAUCGAUACCGCAGCAGAUGCCGGCGCGAACGUGAUCGUGGCUGGCAGUGCUGUGUUUGGCGCGCAGGAUCCGCGGCACGUCAUUCAGAUUCUGCGGGAGGCGGUGGAGAAGCGGCGGUGACUCGAAGGUAGUAGACUAUAAUCCAUACACAGCAAGAUGCGGUCGCAGGAGCUAUCGGAACCUCAUCCAAGAAGGAAGUUAGCUUUUCCAAUGCCGGUCAUCAUGAUCAGACCAGCAAAAGCAAUGCUCACGCACCACGAAACUCCACAACCACACCCGGGUACUUCAACCCGCAUCUACAUGAUACGUUGGCUUGGUAGUUACCCAGAACAUAACUCUGCAUU